UUCAGAUUUCCUCUGCUGAUCCAUUCGUGGUUGUCCUGGUGAUGGGUGGCUUUGACAGCGUUCCUUCUCCAAGUGCUUCCCACAGGGAUGGGCUCAGAGGGAAUUUUUGUCCUCCAGCGCUGGGAAUUCUGGAGAAAACCCAAAUGGAAAGGCAGGAGGUGGCUUGGGGAAUGUUGGUUCACAUUUGUGUGGAAACCCUCUGGAACAAACUUGGCUUCACACUCCUGUUGAAAUCCGAUUUAAUUUAUGGAGGGAGGAGGAAUAUUGGGUGAGAGGCUGGAAUUUUGGGAAUGCUGACUGGUGGGAAUCCGGUUAUUGUUUGCUUGGAGAGGAUUAAUAGGAUUUGUGUUUCUCUUGGGCCCGAGGAGGUUGUAAAUGAUUCCUCAAAAGAACUCACAACCAGAUGGGAACAAACUCCGGGAAUUGUGCUGGAAAAUCCUCCUCUCCUGCCACCUGUGUUUGGUCAUUCCCUGUAAGGUUUAUUCCUCGAGCCGUGAUCUCAGCGUGAACCUCUGCUCGUGGAAAAACUUCCGCUGGAGUCAGCUUGGAAAACAAAAUCCCGUGACGGCGCCGGCGAGACGAGAACCUCGGCGCCGCAGGAAUUCGGCCCAGAGCUUUGGGAACGGCCGGGAAAACUCCUGGAAAACCUCACGUGUGGCUGCAAGAAGAAUCCAGGAGCCAACAGAUGGACAAGGGGGGAAAAUGAGGAAUUCCCGGGUUUGGAGUUUUCCUGGUUUGGGCUGGGAGUUUUUCCAGCUGCUGUUUUUCCAGUGCCGCGUUCGGGGUUGGGAAUGGGGACGGAGCUGGGGACGCACGGAUGUUGUGGCUGCUGCUUUGUCCUCGCUCUAAAUCCAGAAUUCCCGGUGUCCUCGCUCGGUCCCCGAGGAGCUGCACAAGGACUUGGCUGCUCUUUGAUGUUUUACUGAUCUCGGUCUCCAUCCCUGACCUGCUGGGACGGGGCUUGGAGCACCCUGGGAUAACGGGAGGUGUGGAAUGGCAGGAGGUGGAACGGGAUGGGCUUUAAGCCCUGUGUGAUUCUUUCUCCAGAGCUCUGCGGUGUUUCAUUUUCCUCUCCCUGUAUUUGUGCCUUCUUUUCCCACCUCCCAGCACAGAAUUCUCAGCGAUUUCACCCCAAACCUUGACCACGGUGCUUUUUGUGCGGAGAUUUGUUUUUCUGUUGUUGUUCCUGUACGAUUUUACUCCUGUCUCAAACCCUUUCCAUUUAAGCUCUUGGAGAGAUGGGAUAUUUUUUGCCCACAGAAUUCCAGCCUCGUCCCACCCUGUGAAUUCUUGCAGGGUUUGCUCUUCACCCAUGAGAGCGCUCACGGGAGUGUCCUCCUGGAAACUGCUCCGGCCUCGGCUCGGCUCCACCCAGUUGGAACUGGUUGGAGUUCUCCACCUAAAUGGUUCCACUUCCAACUCAUCCCUCGUCACCCUUCCGACAGAGGGGUUUCAUUAUUUGCCUCACUGCUCCUGAAAUUAUUAAUUGAGUUAUUAAUUGUAAUUAAACCCGAACUGCUGUCACCAAGAAGUGAAAUGCCAGGUUUUAAGUGAUGCUGUUGCGAGUGUCACCACUGGCUGUGUUCCCUGUGACAUCCAACUCGUUGGGUUAAGCUUGUUAAUUACCUGUUUAAUUGAUUAAUCACCUGUUCUCUAUAUUUAAGCUUUUCACAGCGAAAGAAAACGUACUUUUGUGAAUUCCGAGUGCUCGAAACUGUGGCGCAAAUCCCGCUUCCGUGCCUCGGGUUGCUUUUCUCCCCGUCCUAGAAGCCGCUGUGAGCAGAUGCCAAAGAUGACCCAUCUAAUCCUUGUCUUUUAACUUGCAGCUUUGUGUUGUUCUUGGAAAGUUGCGCACCACUUGUGAAUUCCCUGAACCUUGGCCUUGCCAGCCCCCUUGUGUUGGGCCCUCCUCCUUUUCAGCUUGCCCAAAUUCAGACCCACUUGGCUCUCCAGCGCCUUGGCUGCCAGCGGCGGGCGGGCACCUCCCCACGCUGGCGCCCGCCAGGCAUUGCUGAAAGACGCAAUGUUUAGCCCCAGAGGAACCUUGCCCCCGAGGCCCAGAGGACCCAACCCGUCGGGCACCAAAGCCCCGGCAGCUUUCAGGGCCGGCGGCGCGGCGGGGCCGCCCGGGAAAGCCGCGCCCGCGACGCCCCAAGGAGCGCCCCAGAGAUUCUCGGGGCAGGACGCGCUGCAGUGGACGGGUUCGCAGAGGAUCAACGUCCGCGUCACGCUGCACAGGGCCGAUCCCAGGAAAGUCAAGGAGAAGAGCGGCCUGCACCAGGAGCAGAAGGGAGACCUCCGUGCCACUCGCUGGGAUGGCGGCCCCGCCGGCACCGCCGGGCCGAAGCCGCCCGGCCCGCCGCCGCUUUUGGAGCAGAGUUCCAACCCGCAGAACCGCUACACGCCCGAAAGCGCCUCCAGCAUUUUAGCGAGCUUCGGGCUGUCCAACGAAGACCUGGAGGAGCUGAGCCGCUACCCCGACGACCAGCUGACGCCCGAGAACAUGCCGCGGAUCCUGCGGGAGAUCCGCAUCCGGAAGAUGGGCCACGCCGUGCCCGGCCUGCACGCUGCCAGCCGGGCGGAGGAGCCGGCGGGCGAGAGCGGCGGCGCCGCCGUCAAGGGCAAAGUGAUCGACUACGGCCACGCCAGCAAGUACGGCUACACCGAGGACCCGCUGGAGAUCCGCACCUUCGCCCCCGAGGCGCUGCCCGAGGAGCCGCUGGAAGCGCGCGUCUACGCCCCCGAAAGCUUGAGCGCGGAGAACCGGGAAGAAUUCCAGCGGGAGCAGAGCGUGCCGGUGGCCGUCCCGCCGCCCAACGUGCCGUGCAACCCCGUGUUCCCGGCCGAAGACCUCGUCAAGCUGCCGGCCUUCCCCGCCGACUCGUCGCCCGCUCCGACGUUUUUCCCCGCCGAGCCGCCGGCCAAGGUGCAGGUGCUGUGCAGCGCCGUGCCCGCCGCGCUGCCGGCGGCGAAGCCGGCGUCCCAGCCGCCCGUGCCGCCGGUGCUGCCGCCCAUCCUGCCGGCGCUGCUGCCCGCGCCGCUGCCGCAGCCCUUGCUGCCCCCGGUGAUGCCGCCGCUGGUCCAGCCGCCCGUGUCCCAGCACGUGUUGCCCGCCUUGACGCCGCCGCCCUUCUCGGCCGGGCUCUUGGCCGCCAUCAGCCAGCACGAGCAGAAGCAGCGCGACGCCGGCGGCGCCCAUCCCGCGCCCGGCACCUCCGGCGGGGCGUCGGCGGGACACAAACCCUUCCACAAACCCUUCCACCCGCCGGCACAGGAGCCCAUCAAAUCCCCGUUCGGGGUGGUGAAGGCGUCCUGGCUGCCCGUGUUCCCGGACCAGAAGAGCAAACGCCUGCCCACCCCGUCCAUGAUGAACGACUACUAUGCCACGUCGCCGCGAAUAUUCCCACAUUUGUGUUCUCUGUGUAACCUUGAAUGCACUCAUAUGAAGGAUUGGAUCCUGCACCAGAACAACCCCGCCCACCUCGAGAGCUGCCGCAGGCUGCGCCAACAAUAUCCCGAGUGGAAUCCUGAGGCUCACUCCUCCAACAGGCAUGGCGCGGAGCGCAAGGAGAACCGCACGCCGCGCCGCCGCUCGGGCUCGUGCAGCCCGAGCCGCUGGUCGCCGUCCCGGCGCCGCCGCGGCCCCGCGGGCCCCGCGUGCCGGCGCCGCUCGCGCUCGCGCAGCCCCGGGCGGCUGCUGCGGGAGGAGCUGCUGAGCUGCGGGACCGUGCUGCAGAUCUCGGAGCUGCCGGACUCGGGAUUCUCCGAGCAGGACCUGAAGCGCCUGGUGCAGCCCUUCGGGAAGGUCAGCGACCUGAUCCUGCUGCGCUCCCGCAACCAGGCGUACCUGGAGAUGAACUACAAGGAGGCCGUGAUCGCCGCCGUCAAGUUCGCCGAGACGGCGCCGGUGCUGCUCAACGGGAAACGCGUCCGGGUCUGCGUGGCCGAGAGAGCGCCGGUGAAGAAGACGGUGAAGAAACGAGUCCUGAACCCCAAAAAAACUCCAGCCAGCACCAAGAAAAUCCCCAGCAGCAGCACCAAGAGCCCCAAGGCCCUGCCAGGGAAGAAGGAAAAAGUGAAGAAAAUUCCGGGAGAGAAGAAAGUGAAAAAAAUCUCAAAUGUGGGAGGAAAAGCAGCGGCUGAAGAUUCCGGAGCUGCUGCCGAGGCCGGGCCGGAAACUUUGGGAUCGGAGCCCUCGGAUGCCAAAAAUUCCGACCCCAAAAAUCCUGACCCCAAAAAUCCCGACCCCAAAAUCUCCCCCGAGCAGGAGGAGCCCGGAACAGUCCCCGAGGCCGGGCCAGAACUUCCAGCGAGCGAGGAGCCCACGGAUCCAGGCGGGAAGGCUCUGGCUCAGGACGCUCUCCCCGAGCCCUGCUCUGUGCUGCUCGUGUCCAACCUGCCGCCCAAGGGCUGCGGGCAGGACGAGCUCCACAACCUGGCCCGGCCCUUCGGCGGCCUGCACGACCUGCUGCUGCUCUCCUCCCACAAAAAGGCGUACCUGGAGAUCCCGCAGCGGGCGGCCGAGUCCAUGGUGAAGUUCUACGGAUUCUUCCCCAUGUGCCUGGACGGGAACCAGCUCCACAUCCAGCCCGAGCCCCGGCACCGGCACCUGCGCAACGAGGAAGAGAUUUUCCUGUCCCUCAUCAAGGAUUCUGAUCCCAAUGUGAGUUUUUUCUCAUUAGCCCAAGUUUUUUCCUCAUUUUACCCUAAUUUUCUUUGGAAUUUCAUUAACUGGGAGCUGGGAGUGCUCAUUCCUGAGCAUUUCAGGCUGGGAGGAUUCCGGGAGCUGGAGCUGGUCUGCGCCGGGCUGCGCUUCGGCAAAGUGGAGCACUACGCUGUGCUCAGCAACCACCGACGGAGGGGCUCCAGGCAGGAGCUGGAGCUCGUCUGCGCCGGGCUGCGCUUCGGCAAGGUGGAGCACUACGCCGUGCUCAGCAACCGCCGACGGGCCAUCCUGCAGCUGGACAGCCCCAAAGCCGCCCGUUCCAUGUACAGCUUCCUGCAGCAAUAUCCUUAUUCCAUAGGGGAUCACACCCUCACCUGCUCCUUGUCCUCCCACGGAGAAAUUCCUGAGGCUGAACCCGGGAAAAGGGAAGUGAAGAGAGAGGAUGGGAGCAAAGGAAGCUCUGGCUUGAAAAAAAUUCCGGAGGUAUUGGGAACGGUGCAAAAAACAGCUGGAAAUCCAUCGGGAGAGGCCAGGAAAGGCCAAAUUCCCACCCCAAAUGUCCCAGAGGAGAUUCCAGCGGGACAACUGGAGAUUCCCGAGCCUCAGCCAGGAGGAGCAGCGAGGGAAUCACCCGCAGGGAUGGACGUGGAGGGAUUGGAUCCUGGAAUUCCUGUGGAUCCUGCUGGCAGCAAAUCGCCCGGAGCGAGGUCGGAGGAGAAGGCGGCGCCGCUUUGCGGAGCGGGGACGGACGAAGCUCGGGAUGAGCCGGAGCUGGAGAUCCAAAAGGAGGAUGAGGAACCCUCUGCUCCCACCACGGAACCUCUGGAAUCAUCCAGCAAGGCGAUGGCGGCAGCCGGAGGAACACCGGGAGCCGUCCCUGGAACGUCCCCGAGCUCGGAGGAGGUCCCCGCGGUGUCACCCGCUGUCACCCAGCCCAGCACGGAGCCGGCCGCUCUGGAAAAAACUCCCGUUCCCGAGGCUGGGAAAAGCAGCCACGAAACGUCCACGGAGAGGAAAGCUGUCCCAAAAACUGUGGAUGCUCCAGGGAAAAAAUUGGAUGUGGCUGGAGCAGAGAGAGAGGCGACGGCGGAGGAAUCCGUGCUCAAAACCGGGGAAAAUCCAGGGAAGAUUUGGGGCAAGGCUGGGACAGAGCUGGAGAAAACACCUGGAAAAACAGCACCCAAGGGUGGGGAAAACUCCGGGAAUGCCGUUGGUGAGAUCCAUGUGGGGAGUUUGGUUAAAAUCCCACAAAAUAAAGGGGUGGGAGCUGCAAAAUCCGACGAAAGCCGCGCGGCAGCUCCGGUAAAUCCCGCUGCAUCCCUGAAGGAAUCUUGCAUUGGGAAAACCCUUUUGAAGGCAGUGGUGUCCGUCCCGGACAUCCUGAAGCAGAGAAUUCCCGUCAGGAUCACUGAGCCUUCCCUGGGAAGAGUCGGGGAGCAGAAAAUCCCCCCCAAAGCGGCGCUGGAGAAGAAAAUCCCACCCAAAACCACGGCUCAGCCGGGAGCUGGGAACAGCCAGUGGAAAGGGAACGGAAAUUGCGGAGUGGAUGCACAGGGAGAUGGUGGGAAGAGCUCAUCCCAGCAGGAAAAAGAUUCCCAGCUGGAAUCUCGGGCGACUUCAAAGCGGAGCCAGCAGGGAGAGAGCGGAACAGCCGGAACGAGGGAAGAUCCCAGCGGGAAUCAGGCUCCUGGCGGGAGUGGUGCUGCAGCUGGGAAAAGUGGUGCCAGCAGCGCUGGAAAACAGAAGGAGGAGGAAGAGCUCUUCCCGUUCAACCUGGACGAGUUCGUCACGGUGGACGAGGUGCUGGAGGAAGCCGAGUCUCCGGUGAUGCUGCGGCGGAACCCCCCGAGGGGGAAGAGAAAAGAAGCUCCCAAAUCCAACCCUUCGGAGCCGGCGUCCAAGAAGAGGAAAGGGAAGAGUUGCGGAGCCGAAGGUGAGCUGUCCUUUGUCACCUUGGAUGAGAUCGGGGAGGAGGAGGACGCCCCGGUGCCGCUGCCGGGCGUCGACCCCCAGGGCCUGGUGGUGGUGGAUGAGGUGGUGGAAGAGGAGGAGCUGUCGGAAGCGGUGAAGGACCCGCAGGCGCUGCUGACGCUGGAUGAGAUCUCGGAGCAGGAGGAGCCGGGCUCCCACAGGAACGGGCCCCGGGUGGAAUUUGAGGAGCGGGAUCUGAAGGCCGAGCCCUUGGUGACCGUGGAUGAGAUCGGGGAGGUGGAGGAGCUGCCCCUCAACGAGCCCGCGGAGCUGAGCGCCGCCGAAGAGGGGAAAGCCAAUCCCGGGGAUUGCGCGGCCUCCCAGGUGCCCGAUGAUCCCAACGCCUUGGUGACCGUGGAUGAGAUCCAGGAGGACAACGAGGACAAUCCUCUGGUGACUCUGGAUGAGGUUAACGAGGAUGAGGAUGAUUUCCUGGCCGACUUCAAUCACCUGAAAGAGGAACUAAACUUCGUUACAGUCGACGAAGUUGGCGACGAGGAAGAAGAAAACGCUUUCCCAGGGAAGAACCCGCCUGAGGAUGAAGAUGAUGAAGAUAUUGUUGCUGUUGCAGGACCAGAAGAAAUGGGAAUUCUAGGAGAUACAAAUCCAGAGGAUGAAAUGGCUGAAAUCUCCAAGCCAAAAGCAGCUCAGGUGGGAUCAGAAGAUGUGGAACCAAAGCCUCAGCAGAAGAAAACGACUUUGCCAGGUGUCCCCAAGACGCAGAGCACUCCCAAAGCUCUGGACAUCCUGGUCCCAAAGGCCGGAUUCUUCUGCCAGAUCUGCUCCCUCUUCUACGCCGACGAGCCCUCCAUGAUCAACCACUGCAGGACCCCCCUGCACCGGCAGAACAUGGAGAAAUUCAUGGCCAAGCAGCAGGACGGCGGCGGGGAGGAGCCGAGCUCCAGGUGAUGGAGCUUCCCGGGAGCGACGCUUCAGGGCCAGUCAGUUCUGUGUGUUUGGAAUUCCGUUGGCAUUCGGGGUCGGGGAGGAGCAUCCACGGUGUAAAAAAUCGGAGCUGGGAACGGACUCAACCCAAAGCAGGAGAGGGUUGGAUUUGCAUCUCCGAUCAUCCGACGUCGGAAGGACUGUGCCAGGUGUCUCCAGAAAAUAAAAUGUUCUUACUGUAUAGUUACCCCA